AUUACAGCCGUAUUUAAAUUGUCAUUCUGUCUGAUGCAUUGCAUCAGUGUCCAUUGAACUGACCAGAGAACAGCAUAUAUAAGGAAGCAUUCCUAUGAAGAGUUUUUAGUAUGCAAAAGCCUUUGCAACUGUUAACUUCGAGUAACUCGCAAUGAGAAUCAAUUUUAUAGGGAUCUUAAUCACAAUUCUCGCAGCAAGAGCGAACAGUGAGGCAAGUUAGAAGAAUGAACUUUCAUAAACAUAAUAAGUGGUUAUUUCUUUCAACAGAGCUGUGAGGAGUCGAGACAGCUCGAAUCUACCUGUGGCACAUAUUGCUUUAAAGUCGUCAAGACCAUAUUGGAGCACACAAGGGCAUUACAGAAGCAGGUCGAAAGCUUUGACAUAGUACAGAAAACUGAACAGAUGAUCAAACAUGCGAGUAUUGAAACUUUGCUGCAAGAAAGAAACGAACAAUUGCAUGGCUCUUGCAAAAUAUUAGAAACAGAAUUGCAGAAGCAUGUCGAGUACCAGGAUAAGCAUAAGGCGAAUAUGUUAGAAAAAAUAGAGAGCACUAAAAGUCUGUUUUAUGUACAGUUUAAUACACUGAAACAAAACUUACAGACACUUGAAGGAAAGUUUGAAGAUCAGUGCAAAAAUCUAAGCAGCAUAGUUAAGGUAAACGACAAACCUGAUAUAGGUAUAUUUGAGAAAAUUGGAUCCAAAUAUUAUUAUAUAGGAGACAAUGAAGAGCUUAAUUGGUUCGCAGCAGCAGCCAAGUGUAUAAAACUCGGUGGACAUCUGGCGAGUGUGCAAAAUCAACAAGAGUUCAAUGCUAUAAGAGCAAAGUUAACCAAACCUGGUUAUUGGCUGGAUAUCAACGACCUAGCUGAAGAGGGCAAAUAUAUGUCGUCAACCACUGGCGAGAAGGCAGUGUUCAUAAGAUGGGAUUCUAUCAAUCCAAAUAACCAAGAUAACGCAGAAAAUUGCGUCGAAUUGGGCAUCAAUCAUGAUUACGAAAUGAAUGAUCUAACUUGCUUAUACAGAAAUAACUUUAUCUGCGAGAAGAAAUUUGAUAAUUAAAACAUUUUGUUUACUGUAAAUCAUAAAGUUUUGGUUUCGUCCUUUGACAAAACAAUUUACAACAUUUAAUUUAAUACUGUAUCAAAUAACUUGUGUGUAAACUGAUUUUUAUAAGUUAUUACAGUUAAAAAAAGCAUUUGUAAAUGCUUUAUGUUUUUUUCCGGAUAAUCAAGCGACAGUUUUAAGUGAAAUUUGAAAUACACAAAUUUAGCUUCG